AGGGUAAGAAGAUCCGGCUGAUUAGGGGAGAUAAGAGAUAGGUAUCUUGGAACUGAUGGAGAGUUGCUCCCCUUGCUCCAACACUAAGAGCGUCAUUCACGUAGCGUUAGGAAAAAAAUGUUUUCAGAAAACAAUUUGAAAUAAAAAUUAUUUCAUCUUUCGUUGAAGCUUUAUAAAAUCAACGUGUCAAAUGUAUUUCGUUCAGUGAAGAUUUAUGCUGGUGUGAUUUAAAAUGCAGCUUUUGGUGUAGAAGAACUUGUUGAAUGGAAGACUGUAUCAGCUUUUAUAAUUCAUCUGUGCCUUGGUCUGGCCAGCGACGGAUGGGGCUGUGUUGCGCCAACUGCAACACCACGACCACCACCCUGUGGAGGAGGAACGGCGAGGGCGAGCCCGUCUGCAACGCCUGUGGGUUGUACUACAAGCUGCAUCAGGUUAACCGACCACUUUCCAUGAAAAAAGACGGCAUUCAAACAAGAAAGAGAAAACCAAAGUCUUCGGGGAAAUCUAAAGGAGGAUCUAAAGACCCACAACAACAGCAACAACAACAACAGCAAAGAGUUCAACAACAGCAGCGCCAACAACAACAACAGCAACAACAACAACAGCAACAACAGCAGCAGCAACGACAACAGCAGCCGCAUAAUCUAUACUUAGACUACGGAGCCACGCAUAUGCAGCAGCAGAGCCAGCUACACCAUCACCACCAGAGCCACCACCAGCAGCAUCAAUCCAUGAUGACUGGCGAGUCGGACAUGGGCCAGGGUGACGUCACUUCCUACGCCCCUCCCCAGCACCUGCGGUCACAUGACCUGCUGGAUUUGUCACGCUCACAGAACGGUCACGUGACGGAGCUCAAACCCCUGCCCCCCUACUCCUCACUGUACCCGCUCAGCUCCCACACCAACGGAGGGGGCAACGACCCCGGGCAGCACAGCGGCCAACACCACAGCCACAACUCAGCCGUACUCGCCGCCCUGGCCUCCCCCUCGGUCACCAACCCCCCGGCCCUGCUGCCCAUCUCCAGCCUGACCCCCGCGGGGCGCCACAACCUUGCCUCAGCCAGCCAUCUUUCCCUGUCCAGCGCGGGGGCCAACCAUCUUUCACACAGCAUGCACGGGGCGCUGCUGACUGACACCGCCAUGGGGCGCACGCUGGAGAGUAUGAUGAUAAAGCAGGAGCAGGACGCCUUGUACGCGCCCUCCCCACCUAAAGCUGUACCCGUGAUGACGUCAGACGGCUCCAACGAAACGGAAACCGCUGUCCAGGGCCUUAGCAACAGCGAAAUCCUUCAACUAAAGUCUCCCUCUGUUAGUCUAUAACACAAGGGGAAAGCAUCACACAUUGUACUGAGCCUAUUACACAAGGGAGAUCACUGUAGCGUCUAACGAAUAUUCAAUUUAGGAGA